AUGGCCCUACCUGCCACGCUUUCCUACGGGGGAGCGGCGGAGUUCCUCCGAACCCCCGGGAGCCUGCGGGCGGACAACCACCCGGCUCCGAGCCGGCGGCUUUCGCCGCGGGAGGCUACCCCCUCCAGGACUACGUUUCCCAGCGGCUCCUCCCGGGACUGCACAUGCUCCAUGCGGCUCCCGGCGCCUCCCGGCAGCUCCCGGCGCGGCACCCGGUGCGGCACGGCGGCGGCCAGCGCGGCUCCCGGUGCGGCUCCCGGUGCGGCUCCCGAUGUGACCGGCGGCGCGGCGCUGCCCGGCGCGGGUCCCGGGCGGCCGCCGGGGCGGCUUCCGGCGGUUCCCUUCGCAGUUCCCGACGCGGUUCCCGGUGGGCCUCCCGGUGCCGCCCCCAGAGGGGGGAUCCUCCCGGUGCGCGCUCGGGAGCGCACGGCCGGGCCCCGCCGCCGGCCCGGGCCCGGGCGAUCCCGGGCAGCCCCGCCUCGGGCCGGCAGCAUGCCCCGCGGGCGAGCCUGGACACAGGCGGAAGUCAGCAGGCUCCUGUCGCUGGUGGGGGACUCGGGGGAGGCCGCGCUGCUCAUGGCCUCCACGUCGCGACCCAACGAGGCGCUGUGGCGGGAGAUCUCCCGGGGUCUGGCGGCGCACGGCUACGGGCGCAGCGUGGCCCAGUGCCGCUCCAAGUGGAAGGCGCUCAAGCAGGCUUUCCACUCGGAGCGGGAGACGCGCCAGAGGGCAGGACACCCCUCGCCCCGGCUGCCGCCGCACUACCGAGCCAUGAAGAACAUCUGGAAGGCGGCCGGGCAGCCGGUCUUUGGCGAGCGAAGGAUGCCAGAUGUGGUGAAGCUGCCCUCCAGAAAGCGUAGGUCGGCCCUUACCACACGCUCUCCAUCCUCACCAGAGCCGCCAGAGCACGAUGUUGACGAUGACACCCCCAGCACUCCCACCAGUGCUGCAGCACUGCUGUCACCGAUGCUGCAGUGUGCGAAGGAUGAGCCAGAGAAUUCUGGUGGGGACCACAUUACUGGAGUGCCACCCACACCCCCUGCCAUGCCACACGCCAGUUCCUGCUUCCCUCUCCUCUUCCCCCUGGGCUGUCACACUGACCUGAAGCAGGAAGAAGCUGAGGGAAAGGCUGGUUUUCCUGGUGAGACGUCCCUGGGGAUGGAAAGAAGAAACCAAAUGCUGCCACUGGCUGCUGCAGCCACAGGCUCCCAUGGGACAGCAGCCACGACUGAGCAGCCAGCAGCAGGUGAAGAUGCAUCAGACACAAGCCUGCAUGGGUCUGGCGUAGCAGGCUUGCUCCAGAAUGUCCAGCAACUGCUGGUGGAGAUCCUGCAGACAUCACGGCAGCAGCAGGCACUGCUGGAGAGCCUGGCCAGCAACACAGCCUCCCACCUUCACAACCUCUCCCACAGCCUCGAACAGGUGGGCGAGACCCUGCACCAACUCCUGCUCCGUCCGCAGACCCAUCCUGGCCCCAUUGGCCAUUAAGUCCCCUGUGUGCCGCUUUCUGAGGGUGGCUCCGGAGCACCCUGCUCCCCUGGCGCUCCUCACGCUUCCCUAGAUCACAAAGAGCCCCAGCUGUCCACUUAUGCCAGGUGCAUCCCCCAUGAGUGCCACCAUCACUGGCCCCAGGAGCAACAGCUUUGCUACAGGGCCGUGGCACAAAUCUUUAUAUCAGAGGUUCCAGAUAUUUUGAAAUUUACACUAGAGAGUCAUUCUAAUAAAAAUCAAAAAUAGCUUUUUUACCA